GUAUCCGUAUCAUUAUAGUGAUCCGUAAAUUAUUAGCAUCGCUUGUUGUUCUUCGGAGUAAACAUGGAGGGAGUGGAUUAUCUUGCUGAGGAGCGGAAGAAGGCGGAGUUCGAUGUAGAGUCGAUGAAAGUUGUGUGGGCUGGUUCGCAGCAUGCCCUCGAAGUUUCGGAUCGUAUUUCCAAGCUUGUGGCUAAUGAUCCAGCUUUCCGGAAGGAUGACAGAACAAUGCUAUCAAGAAAGGAAUUGUUCAAGAAUACUCUCAGGAAGGCAGUUUAUGCAUGGAAACGGAUAGUUGAACUCCGUCUAUCUGAAGAAGAGGCAUCUAGAUUAAGGUUUUAUGUGGACGAACCAGCUUUUACUGAUCUUCACUGGGGAAUGUUUGUUCCAGCCAUAAAGGGCCAGGGUACUGAUGAACAGCAGCAAAAAUGGUUGCCUUUGGCCUAUAAGAUGCAAAUAAUUGGCUGCUAUGCACAAACUGAACUUGGCCAUGGCUCCAAUGUGCAAGGUCUUGAAACCACUGCUACAUUUGAUCCUCGUACAGAUGAAUUUGUGAUUCACAGUCCUACACUGACUUCAAGCAAAUGGUGGCCUGGUGGACUAGGCAAAGUGUCUACACAUGCUGUAGUUUAUGCUCGUCUUAUUACAGAUGGCAAAGACCAUGGGGUUCAUGGAUUUAUUGUCCAACUCCGGAGUUUGGAGGACCAUACACCUCUUCCAGGAAUAACUGUCGGUGAUAUCGGAAUGAAAUUUGGUAAUGGAGCAUACAACACGAUGGACAAUGGCUUACUGAGAUUUGAUCAUGUCCGCAUUCCAAGAAAUCAAAUGUUGAUGAGGGUUUCACAGGUUACUAGGGAAGGAAAGUAUAAGCAGUCUAAUGUGCCACGGCAGUUAGUUUAUGGGACUAUGGUGUAUGUCCGGCAAACAAUUGUAGUGGAUGCUUCUUCUGCUUUGUCAAAGGCUGUUUGUAUUGCUACAAGAUAUAGUGCUGUGCGGAGGCAAUUUGGAUCACAGAAUGGUGGCCCUGAGACUCAGGUAAUUGACUACAAAACUCAGCAGAGUAGACUCUUCCCUUUGCUAGCUUCCGCUUACGCCUUUAGAUUUGUUGGUGAGUGGUUGAAAUGGCUAUACACGGAUGUAACCCAAAGAUUGCAAGCCAAUGACUUCUCAACACUGCCUGAGGCUCAUGCAUGCACUGCAGGGUUGAAGUCCCUGACUACUUCUGCCACUGCUGAUGGAAUUGAAGAAUGUCGAAAGCUAUGUGGAGGCCAUGGUUACCUAUGUAGCAGUGGGCUUCCCGAAUUAUUUGCUGUUUAUGUUCCUGCUUGUACAUAUGAAGGAGACAACAUUGUUCUUCUUCUACAGGUUGCUAGGUUUCUCAUGAAGACUGUUUCCCAGCUUGGAACUGGGAAACAGCCAGUGGGAACUAUUGCUUAUAUGGGAAGAAUAGAACAUCUAAUGCAAUGCCGUUGUAAUGUUAAACAAGCUGAGGAUUGGUUAAAUUGUGAUCAAGUUAUGGAGGCAUUUGAGGCAAGAGCUGCUAGAAUGUCUGUUUCCUGUGCUCGAAAUCUGAGUAAAUAUGCUAAUCCAGAAGAAGGCUUUGCAGAGCUAUCUGCUGAUCUAGUAGAGGCAGCUGUCGCUCAUUGUCAAUUAAUUGUUGUAUCCAAGUUUAUUGACAAACUGCAACAAGAUAUUCCCGGUGAAGGGGUCAAACGACAACUAGAGGUGCUUUGUGGUAUCUAUUACCUAUACCUUCUUCACAAGCACCAGGGUGACUUCCUCGCCACCAGCUAUCUCAAUCCUAAGCAGGCUGCACUUGCUAACGAUCAGCUCAGAGCACUGUAUUCCCAGGUUCGUCCGAACGCCAUUGCUCUUGUGGAUGCCUUCAAUUACACUGACCACUUCCUUGGUUCAAUUCUGGGCCGCUAUGAUGGUAAUGUUUAUCCGAAGCUUUAUGAGGCUGCUUGGAAGGAUCCUUUGAAUGAAACUGUCGUACCUGAUGGCUACAAUGAAUACAUGAGGCCUUUGCUCAAGCAACAACUUCAUAGUGCUAGAUUAUAGAAGUAUACGUUCAAUAUGUCAUCGUCUUGUUUGCUGAAAAUAAAAUCCUAUUUAGGUUGUGAUAUCUGUAAAAUUGCAAUAAACUUAUAGGGUAAAAGUGUAUACGCAAGCCGGGAAGAUUCCUGCGUGACGAAAGUAGUGUGGAAUUAUAGUUAUAGUUAUCUGACACUAUUACCUGAACUAGUAAUAAACACCUCCGUUGGAUGUGACU